CAACAGUUAUCCGCCUCGGCCCGUCCGCUUGUUUCCGCGGUUGAAAAGGUGUUGAAGAAUGUGGAAUGGCCGGAGAAAUUUCCGUUCAAAGAUGAGGACUUUACCAGAUUUGAUGAAUCAGCAGAUACAAUGUUCUAUUCAGAACCGCGUUUUGUUACACACAUCGAUGAUCCUGCAAUUGCUGCUCUCACCAAAUACUACUCAAAAGUUUUCCCUCCAAGUAAUACUCCAGGCGUGAGUUUGUUAGAUAUGUGUAGUAGCUGGAUCAGUCAUUAUCCACCAGGGUACCGGCAAGAUAGAGUUGUAGGCAUGGGUUUGAACGAGGAAGAGCUUAAGCGAAAUCCGGUUUUGACAGAGUAUAUUGUUCAAGAUCUAAAUGUGAACCCCAAACUCCCAUUUGAUGAUCAUUCUUUUGAUGUUAUAACCAACGUGGUUAGUGUUGAUUACUUGACCAAACCACUUGAUGUUUUCAAGGAGAUGCAAAGAAUACUGAAACCAGGGGGUCUAGCAAUAAUGAGUUUCUCAAAUCGGUGCUUUUGGACAAAAGCUAUCUCUAUCUGGACAUCAACUGGUGAUGCUGAUCAUGCAUGGAUUGUUGGGGCUUACUUUCAUUAUGCUGGAGGUUUUGAACCGCCUGAGGCUGUGGACAUAUCUCCCAAUCCUGGGCGCUCAGACCCAAUGUAUGUGGUUUACUCUAGAAAGAAAACAGCUUCAUAACUCAAAGAAAGAUGUAUAAAAGGAUUGCACAAGCUCACUUGUCCAUCAAUUGAGUCUUUAAGCUAAUAAGACGGGAAUUUUGGUCAUGGGUAACGCACUUUUGAGUAAUCUAGCGGCGCUCAUGAGGCUGAAGAAGCAUCUCAUGAGGCUGAAGAAGCAUCACAGGCUGCCGAUUAUUGUCAAUUAUGCUUUCCAAAUGUCACUUUGCUUUUUGAGUAUUAACUGUGUCCCUUGUUGUCAGCAUGUAAAAGGAAGCCCUAUGUAAAGUUAUGUAUUUUCGAUGAAGUCUUCAAGAAUUACAUUGUAAAAAACAGCUAUAAAGUGGAAAAAGAAAAAAAGAAAAAGGGGUAUUUAAUUUACCAA